UACCGAGGGGUAACAAGAACAUCUCUCGGAAACCUUGCCCAAUAUCUCUUACCCCUCCAAAACUCAUCGAGGUCAAAAUCGCUCAUCGAACUCACCUGGUUACCGCGAUCUAAGCCACGAUAGGAUCUGAUAGUGUAUGAUGGCGUAUCAAUCACCUCGCCGAUAGUGGACCGCCUCGUACCUCGAACAGGUUUUCCGCUUGGUAGCAUCGGCGUGCAAGGUAGCAUGCUUGAUGACUAUAUAAAUUGCGAGUCCUUCGUGAGUCUGCUGGGGUGAAGAGUCAUUUUCUACUUACGCUUUCGUUUUCCCCUCCCUCGUUCUAUCUCGACAUUCGUCGUCUGUCGAAGAAUAUCACUCUGCCUCUCAUCAACAUGCUUAGAACACUAUCUCUUCUCACUGCUCUUGGCCCUCUAUGCCAGGCUGCUGCUCUGCCUACAUUUCCACAGCUCGAAGUCCGUCAAUCGGUUGCGAGCGUUAAUGCCAGUCUAGGCAAUGUAACCAUCUUUGGCACUGGUGGUACUAUCGCUGGUUCUGCUGGUUCGGGCGUUCAGACUACCGGAUACACAGCUGGGGCUGUUGCCAUUCAAACUUUGAUUGACGCCGUACCAGAGCUGCUCAACAUCUCGAAUAUCAAUGGCAUCCAAAUAUCUAACGUCGAUUCUGGGAACAUCAACGCGACUAUUCUGUUGGAACUGAAUCGUCAAAUCACAUCUGAACUCGCCAGAAGCACCUCGAGUGGUGCUGUGGUGACCCACGGCACUGAUACUCUUGAGGAAACCGCAUUCUUCUUGGAUCUCACCAUUGCAUCCGAUAAGCCUGUUGUAGUUGUCGGUGCUAUGCGUCCCUCUACUGCUACUUCAGCAGAUGGUCCUUUGAACCUGUAUCAAGCUGUCACACUGGCCGUCACCCCCGAGGCCAAGGGUCGUGGUACUAUGGUCACUCUGAAUGACCGUAUUGACAGUGCCUUCUACGUGGUCAAGAACAACGCAAACUCUCUAGACACAUUCAAGGCUAUUGAGCAAGGCCAUCUUGGCUUCUUCUUGAACUCUGUCCCUCAAUUCUACUACUCGGUCGCGACGCCUGCCGGCAAGCCCUUCUUCGACCUUGCGCCUUUGAACCUGACCUCGCUUCCUCAAGUCGAUAUUCUUUACGGUCACCAGGACAGUAACCCGGAGCUCAUCCGCGCAUCUGCUGACUCAGGUGCCGAGGCCAUCGUCUUCGCCGGUGCAGGUGCUGGCGGCUGGACAUCGAAGGGUAGACAGGUCGCUCAAGCUGUUUACAACGAAACCGGCAUCCCUAUGGUUUUCUCUACUCGCACGAUGAACGGAUUUGUCUCCCCCGAAAGCAACGAUUGGUCGAUUGCUAGCGGUAACUUCGAUCCUCAAAAGGCUAGAAUCUUGCUCCAAUGUGCUUUGGCGGUUGGGUACAAUACUACCCAGAUUGCCGAAAUCUUCGAUGCGCUCCAGGUGUCAUAGACGGUGUCGGGCGAGUAAAAGUUCCUCUGCCCCUUAGAGGACUUGGUCAGUACCUACUAUAUCAUACGCUACAUACGACUAAAUGGCAUUGGAAUAUUACCACAGACACGUUCGAUAUGGCCAUAGCUCUUGUAAGCCGACUCCACGUUUCGGCAGUUCCACGUGCGAUCAUUCCAUGUUCAACACACGCUUUCUUGCUCUAUUCUGGUCCUGUUCAGGAAACACUGCUGCC